GUUGUGUCGUGCUGCACCUGCCUUGUGUCUUUACACACGCUGCUCGACGCCUCGUAUUUUCAUAUCCACGCCCACCUCCACCCACGCCCACCUCCACCCACGCCCAAGCCAACCACUAAUCAUGCACGCCCGUGACAUAGCAGUUGUCAUGUUUCUGGCAUCCGUGUCGACAGGCCGAACAGUUGCCAGACUCCAGACCACAUUAAAGCCAGCACCGGCACCGCCACCAGCAGCACCAGCAGCACCACCAGCAGCACCACCACGCAUGGAAGACAUCCUUGACUAUAACAACAUCCGGGACAAACAGUUCACCAAGGCAGGAGAGACGGAGGCGGGCGAGGGAAGUGCGGGGCAGGCAUCUGAGGGGACGCCGAGUGAGAGACUCUUCACCGGCACCUCCUCCUCCGCCGGGGCAACCCUCAUGUCCUUCCCCAACUUCAAUAACCUCACCGUCUCCGUCAACUUCGCCGAGAUCUUCGCCUCCUUCAUGCCCUUCGUGCUGGUGGGGGCCCUCAUCACCUUCAUGGUCAGCGGGCCCGGUAUAGGGUUCCUCGCGGCCAUCAGAAGGUGAGUGAAUAUGUCAGGUGCGAGAGCUGCUGCCUCCUGCUGUUAUGAUGGUCAUGUAAGUGCAUGCUGCUGUGUUGAC